AUGGAGGAAGCCAGUUGCCGUAUUUGCCGUGGGGAGGGGACUCCCGAGGAUCCGCUCUUCUUUCCCUGUAAGUGCCGCGGGUCCAUCAAGUAUAUCCACCAGGACUGUUUGAUGGACUGGCUCAAGCACGCUAACAAGAGCACCCAGCAGUGUGACAUCUGUAACGAGCCCUAUAAAUUCAAGACGCUAUUUGAUCCCGACACCCCGAAGGGCAUGGUUCCGCUAGGCUUGAUUGUAUCGAAGAUUGCUAGCUCCGUCAUGAAAUCCGCCACUGUCAUCACCAGUAUCGCGCUCUACGCCACAUUUGUGGUUAUCCAGGUGCCUAUGUGGUGGAAGUUUGUCGGCCGGCUCUAUACCUGGAUUGUGGAUGGCCAGUUACCCCAGCCAAGUAUUGUCCAGUCCUUCCUUUUCGGCCAGCUGGACCUCCGGACGGCCUUUCUGAUCGAUGCCUCUGCCCCCGUUCCCAGAUUAGCGUUUCUCUGGCACAUUCUCAACUACACGUACUCCAGCGGUCUUGUCUCUAUAGUGAUCUUCAUCUUGGUGCACGUGUUCUUGUUUAUUGACCAUGAGUGGGUCACCAGAGACGAGGGGUACUUCAAGCUCUUGACCAAACGCAUCGGGAACGAACCAAAGCGCCAACUUAGGGAGCUACUAGAGCAACAGAUCCGUAACCUCCGCCAAAAUAACCCGCAGAACGUCGAAAACAUCCUUAACGUGCUUGAAAAUAUGAACCAUGACGGGGCAGACGAGGCUAUUCGUGAAUUCGUUGUCGACCAAGUUAUCCCCCCAGUUAUGCGCCAAGAACAAGAGGAGGAGGAGGAGGAGAUCGAACAGGAUGCUGAUACGUGGAGUGACAUGGAGGAUUUCGAAGAAAACUCCGACGACGACUCCGAUUCGGACGAGGAACGCGGCCGUUUCGUCAGAAGAAGGGACGUUGUGCCGUUUCCAAACUUAGAUGCCCCCCCAAUGCUUCCACAGCCUGUUAGAAUGGCCGAUAUUUUAAACAACGACAGAUUUCCGGCCCGCAACCAGAUGCUCGAGCCAAAUCCCGAGCCGGCCCCUGAAGCCCCCGUAGACGAGGAUGUGCCUGAGGAGAACGUGAAUUUGAUUCUCAACAUUGGAUUGAAUAUUACCAUGCCGUUAAAGGCGGCCGGUAUUGCCGAUGCUAUCAUUACCGUAUACCUAUUCGUGUUCUACUUGCUUCCGUCGAUUAUGGGCAAGUUUCUUUUUGCCAGCUUGACCUAUGCCCUUUUUGGAGUGCACUACCUCGUCCAGAAGACACCGGCCAAUACCGUGAUUGCUUUUAUUCGUGAACGAACGGUUAUUAUCGACUACCUCGAGAGCUAUAUAACCACGCCGGUGUACACUACCUGGAGCAACGUCUUCAACUCGCGUGUUCCAGCCACUGUUACCGAGCGUAUUAUUCCUUUAUUGCUCUUCUACGGAGUCUUGCUCGUGGCCACUAAUGCAUACAUGUCAUACUUGCGCGGCGAUCACAGCAAAACCAACCCACUCUCAAGCAAAUCUGCGCGCAUGGUUUACAAGCUCUUGUUUGAAAUUGUCUCUACUCUCAAAGUCUUCCUCAUCUUUAACAUUGAGCUCAUUUUCUUCCCGGUGUACUGCGGCUGGUUGUUGGACUUCUGCAUGUCGCCUGUAUUCUCUCCAGAACUGCAUCUCAACAUGCUUUUGAGCUCCCGUGAUAACCCUUGCAUACACCCGUUUUUCACCAACUUCCUUUGCCGCACCAUUAACUACUGGGCUGCCGGGACCGGCUACAUGUUCACGUUUGCGUUGUUUGUGGGAAUGAUCCGUUCGAUGAUCUUGCGUCCCGGUGUGUUGUUUUUCAUCAGAUCUCCGGAAGAUCCUAACGCGAGAUUGAUCCACGAUGCUCUUAUGAGACCGUUAAGCUUGCAGUUGUCUCGAAUUUCCUUGAGCGGUAGCAUCUACUCGGGGUUGAUUGUCUUUGGGGUGGGUGGGUUUACCUGGUUACUCCGCUUGGCCACUCCGACCGGUUUCCUUUUCCCAGUUGGUGGCAUCGAUGCGAAGUCUGUGAUGGUGACCAACUUUGUCUUCAUGAAGGUUGUCCAUUCGAAUGCUGAAUUGAUCAAAACCUGCAUGCGUGUCUACUGGAAGCGUGUGUUUGUCAUUGUCUGCCAUAAGAUGAGACUCUCUUCGUUUAUCUUGGACAUCCCGCACCCUACUGAAAGAGGGUACGUUGUUUACAGAAACUUGUUUUACAGGUUGAUUGGCACCCAGAAACCGGACUACGCGAACCCCCAGUCGUACGAGCUUGCGUUGGAAACGUUCAGAACCGAUCCAGAAGUCACGGCUGUGUUUGUACCGGAUGGUAACUGGGUCAGGGCUCCGGGUAACGACGCUAUCUCUCGUCGUUUCUUGAAAAAGCUUUUUGUGACGGUGACCAAGGGCGACCAGUUACUAGCUGCGCCAAAACCUGCAGUUGCUAGUAGGAGGCUGGAAGAGGAAGAGGAUGAGGAUGACGACGAAAUAGUUGAUUCUGGUAGUAACGUCUACUCGAUUGUAUACAAACCACCUCGCUUUGGACUCAAAAUUUUUGGGAUGGUGGCCUUCCUUUGUGCCUUUGCAUUCUUUUUAUGCGUCAGUGUUAUCGCGGGUGCUUUGAUAUGUGGGCGCCCGAUUGUGAUUGCACUUUUUUUGCUCACACAGUCGUUUACUGGUCAUGCGCUAGCUCUCUCUGGCCCAACUGAUCUCUUUCUGCCCAAUGCCGAUUUACUCUCUGUAUCCAUUGGUAUUGCUGUUGAGGUUUGGUUAUUGUACCACUUUAAGGACCAGUUCCAGGACGAGGAGCUGCAUGAACACGAACAGCUUCAGGAGGUUGCAGAACCGGCUAUGGAGAUUUUAGAGGAAGCUGUUCCAGAUGAAGCGGACAUCCGGGCUCUUAUUGAUCGAUUCCCACUUGCCAGACACAUGUUGAAGCUUGUCUUGCUAGUCUCUAUCAUCUUUGCCAGUGGUGUACUUGGUACUCUUCUUUCAAUUUACGUACACACCUACUCUGCCAACAUGCCGUACCAUUACUUUAAGUUUGGCCUGCUACUGACAGCAUACAUCUACCUCACAUGGCAAACGGCGUUGCUUCAUAGUCUACUCUUCCCAGUCACCUUGGCUCCAUUAUUCGGGAUGCUUACAAGAGAAUUCCAACUUGUGAUUACACACGGGGUCAUCGAUAACAACUUGGCCGGUGUUUCGAUCAGAGAAUUAUGCUCUAGAUCUCUUUUCCCGAUGACGGGACGUACAUUGGCGCUCGCAGUCGCCACUAUAUCGAUUUUUAUGGGUUAUGACUUCAAGGAGCAGGGUUCUUUUUCAUUAGGUCGUGUUGUGGAUCGUUACAUGUUAAAUCCCCUGGAGUUCUCGUUCAUGUGCAUGGCGUCGUCCGCUGCUAUGGUUCUCCUAGAGUAUACCAGAAUCGGACUUCACUACUUGCAGGGUGUAAACGAAGAGGUUAAGAAUGAGGUAUAUGCCCGUGGUAAGACGUUGAAAAACAUCGAUGUCCUGGACGAGUGA